UCCGCCGUCACAACUGAAUUAGGCUGCAAAACCGGCAGGAAAGAAAACUUAGCCCGGGUCGAUUCAUGGAGCAGUGUGGGAAUGCUCUGUCUGUAGAACCGGACCACCGACGUUUCGGUAGCGCCACCCCGGGGGGGUGGGGGACGGACGGACGGACGGACGGUCUGUGCCGGUGUGAUCGGAAGUGACCAGGUUUAAUACCUCGGCACCGGGGCCGGGCUUUAAAAAAAAGAAGAAGAAAAAAGCACACAUCUGCUGGGUGGGAAGAGACGCGCGUUUAUUCCUGCGCCUCAUUUCGGGAUGAUGUGACCGAUCAUCUCAUCUGCUGCCUCGGGAAGAAAUAUCUGCUUCACCGGAUUUUUUUUUUAUUUGUAUUAUUUUUUUCCGCCGCUGCGGAUCAUCCGAGCUGGUGGUUCUAAGGCUGGCAGGCCUGGGGUGGGACAGAGAGCAUGGCUGAACCACGGCGGGAGAGCACCAGCAGCCUGCAGAGGAAAAAGCCCCCCUGGCUCAGACUGGACAUUCCCACGGCUCAGAUGUCACUGGACGAGCCGCCCACUUUUGUUCAGCCGAUGAAGAGGCAGGGCUUCCUGCGCAGCAUCAGCAUGCCAGUGGAGACCUCUCACCUCCAGUCACCACCCCGCGACCUUUUUGACACCCGGCGGCCUGUCUUACAACGCCAGUCAUCCAUCACUCAGACCAUAAAGAGCAGCCGAAGGGUGCACUUUGAGCGGAUUAACACGGUUCCCAUUAAGGGGCAGCGGGCUGCUCGCCGCAGCGUCAGGAAGCACCAUUCGCUCUCCAGAACCCUGCUCAGGGGAACAGCAGACUGGUUCGGGGUCAGUAAGGACGGCGACUCCACCCAGAAAUGGCAGAGGAAAAGCCUGCGCCACUGCAGCCUGCGCUACGGGAAGCUGAAACCGCAGGUGAUACGAGAGAUGGAUCUUCCCAGCCAGGACAACAUCUCCUUAACCAGCACGGAGACCCCGCCUCCUCUCUACGUCCCUUCCUCUCAAUAUGGCAUGCAAAAGAUUGUGGACCCCUUGGCGAGGGGACGAGCGUUCCGUAUGGUGGAGGAGGUGGACGGCUACAGCGUGCCUCAGACCCCCAUCACGCCUGGAGCCGCCUCGCUCUGCUCCUUCACCAGCUCCCGCUCGGGUCUCAACCGGCUGCCGCGCCGACGCAAGAGGGAGUCGGUGGCGAAGAUGAGCUUCAGGGCCGCGGCGGCGCUCGUCAAGGGGCGCUCAAUACGGGAGAGCACUCUGAAGAGGGCCCAGAGACGCAGCUUCACCCCGGCCAGCUUCAUGGAGGAGGACAUGAUUGACUUCCCCGAUGAACUGGACACGUCUUUCUUUGCCAGAGAUAUCAUGAUGCAAGAGGAGUUGUCUACGUACGCAGACGAGGUGUUCGAGUCGGCGUCCGAGGCGGCCAUGAAAGAGGAGGAGCCCAGCAGCAAGAACGAUGAGACGGAGCUGACGGGCAGCGCGCUCGAUAAGACCGAGCUGGAGAGAAGUCAUCUCAUGCUACCUCUGGAGCGAGGGUGGCGCAAAGCCAAAGAAGGAACCCCAGGCCCCCCCAAGGUGCCCCUGCGGCAGGAGGUCGUGAGCGUCACCGGGCAGCGGCGCGGCCAGCGCAUCGCCGUACCCGUCAAGAAGCUUUUCGCCCGGGAGAAGCGGCCGUACGGACUGGGCAUGGUGGGCAAGCUCACCAACCGCACGUACCGCAAGCGCAUCGACAGCUACGUCAAGAGACAGAUAGAGGACAUGGACGACCACAGGCCUUUUUUUACAUACUGGAUCACCGUUGUCCAUCUGCUCAUCACCAUCUUGGCUGUAUGCAUCUAUGGUAUCGCACCGGUGGGCUUCUCCCAGCACGAGACAGUUGAUUCUGUUUUAAGAAACAAAGGUGUGUAUGAAAAUGUCAAGUUUGUACAGCAGGAGAACUUUUGGAUUGGGCCGGGGUCGGAAGCUCUUAUCCACUUGGGGGCCAAAUUCUCUCCAUGCAUGCGGCAGGACAAACAGGUGCACGAUCUGAUCAGGGAAAAGAGAGCCAUCGAACGCAACUCCGCCUGCUGCGUGCGAAACGAUCGCUCCGGCUGUGUCCAAACCUCCGAGGAGCAGUGCUCGAGUACUCUAGCCGUGUGGGUAAAGUGGCCAAAGCAUUCCAGCACUCCCAAAUUAGGUGGUAAAGACCGACAAUAUGGUUCUGUGUGUCAUCAGGAUCCGCGGACAUGUCUAGAGCCCGCCUCGGUAUCACCUCAUGAAUGGCCCGAUGACAUCAGCAAGUGGCCAAUUUGUACCAGGGACAACACAGGGAACCACACCAACCUGCCUCACAUAGACUGUACCAUCACAGGCCGACCGUGCUGCAUUGGAACCAAAGGGAGGUGUGAAAUCACAUCCCGGGAAUAUUGUGACUUCAUGAACGGCUACUUUCACGAGGAGGCUACUCUCUGUUCUCAAGUGCACUGCAUGGACGAUGUGUGUGGACUUCUGCCUUUCCUCAACCCUGAGAUCCCAGAUCAGUUUUACAGGCUCUGGCUCUCACUCUUCCUGCAUGCUGGGAUCCUCCACUGCCUCGUGUCGGUGGCUUUCCAGAUGACCAUCCUGAGGGACCUGGAGAAGCUGGCGGGCUGGCUGCGCAUCUCAAUCAUUUACAUUCUCAGUGGCAUCACUGGCAACCUCGCCUCGGCCAUCUUUUUGCCCUACAGAGCAGAGGUGGGCCCGGCUGGCUCUCAGUUUGGGAUCCUGGCCUGCCUGUUCGUGGAGUUGUUUCAGAGCUGGCAGAUCCUCGCCCAGCCCUGGAGGGCCUUCACCAAGCUCCUGUGCGUGGUGCUCUUCCUCUUUGCCUUCGGGCUGUUGCCAUGGAUCGACAAUUUUGCCCACAUUUGUGGCUUCAUCUCCGGCUUCUUUCUGUCUUUCGCCAUCCUGCCCUACAUCAGUUUCGGCCGCAUGGACAUGUAUCGCAAACGAUGUCAGAUCAUUGUUUUCCUGCUGGUGUUUGUCGGGCUCUUUUCAGGCCUCGUGGUGCUCUUCUACGUUUACCCAAUCAAGUGCGACUGGUGCGAGUUGCUGACUUGCAUCCCCUUCACGGACAAAUUUUGCGCAAAGUACGACCUCAACGCUCACCUCCACUAGAGGGAGAGCGCCACCGGAAGGCAUCAGGUCAAAAGGUGUGGACUAACAGAUGAUUUCAGCCAGUCUGUUUCCACUCUGCCCCCCCCCCCCUCCCCUGUGUGACUGGGUUUCCCCCUUCUCUAUGAACAAUGACAAUGUACUUGUGUUUUUUUUUUUUUUUACUCCGUCAGUGUGAAUAUGUGACCCAUCAUAAACACUUCCUUUAAUCACCUCCGUCAUUAUCACUCCUUCACUGUCCAGUGAAACAAAGGUAUGGCACUUCUGAACCUCAUCAAAAUGCUCCUGAUGCCCUUUACAUGCGAGGCAGGAAUUAAAGAAGCCAGCGCUGGUACAGACCGAUAUUCACACUCCAGAAUCAAACAGAAGCAGGGACAAAUAUCCAAUAUUGAUACCGUUGGUGCCUUGUUGCUAAAUGUACCAACUACUGCCAUAUUUUUGUUACGUAAUACUGAGCACUCGAAUGUUUUCUUUUAUUUGUGUAUUGCUUCUCAAGAGGUGAUGAUUGUUUUUAACAUGGUAGCGUUUUAGCUGCCCGUCUAAUCACAUGUAACUGAAAAAAACAGUAAAAGAAAUCUACAAAUGAAAACGCUCUGUGUCUU